AUGAGUUCGAACAAGCCCCAGGUAACCGACGCGAACAAGGAGGGCCGUUUGCAGUGGGCCAUACAGUACGUCCACUCAACUUCUCCGUCCGACUACCACUUUGACGACUUGAUGGGUGUCGUUCAUGUGGACGAGGAGUGGUUCUAUGCGACCAAGAUCAACAAGGCGUAUUCCCUGGUGCCCGGUGAAGAGCCCCCACAUUGCACGUGCAAGUCGAAGCGCUUUAUUGCGUAA